UCGUGGCAUGCAACCGUGUAGUCCAUCCGGUGUGAUUGCUAUGAUGCCACCAUCGAAGAGCCCAACAAUGGAAACUGCUGCUAGCCAGAGAGCAGGCGCUGAAGCGCAAAAUUUCAAUAAUACUAAUGAAACACUUAAGUCCAAUAGCACUGCAGCAACAACAACAAACACCACCAGCGUAUCGCAGUCCCAUCAUUCGCCUGAGCUCAAUAGCAGUAACUGUACAAGUACAAUUGCUUCACCUACCACGUCGCAUGACACACUGACAACAAGUUCAAUUAACCUAACAACACGUUCGUGUCCUCUUAAGUUUUCCAUAGCUAAAAUAAUGGAACCAGAUCAACGUUCCAAUGCCACAACACAAGAUUCUGAACGCUCCUGCAGUCCAAUAGAAGUGACAAGCAAUGAUGAUGACUAUGAACUGGCGCAGGAUCGCCAUGAUUUUGCUAAGACCAUCAGCGCAGCUACAACGAUGGUUCACUCAUCUCCAACCAAUGUAGAAAAUUAUGAUUCAGCUUUCAAGAAAUAUGUGCCGAGUGCAAAUGCCGCAGUGCAACAAUUCGUAAAUACACGCCAUCAGGAAUUAAUAUCCCAAUAUCCAUUACUCUAUUACGCACCAAAUCAGCUCAUGUGUGCCGCUGCAGCUGCACAGUACGCUGCUUUAACAGUCGCCCAACAGCAAACAUUGUUGGCCAGUACUGGAGCAGCGCACUUAAGCAGUUUUACCGCCUCCCUCAAUAACCUACACACGCAAUCAUUGCGUCGUACACUCGGUGCACCGGGUCAUCAUCUGGCUGCCGCCGCUGCUGCAGCUGCUGCUGCACAAGCUCAAGCACAACAAGCUGCUGCACACCAUCAAGCCUUAGCAAAUACACAUCCUCAACUGCAACAGACAUUGGAGAAGCCGACUUCGCUAGUGACGUCACACAAGUUACGCGAUGCGGUGAACGUUUAUCACAGUCUAAAGCGUAAACAUUCGCCAACACGUACAAAUGAACAUAUUCCAACAAGUUCGCCACCAACACCGCAACGUCAUCGCACACCAUCUCCAAAUAACUCACUAGACGAUAGCCCCGGUUCGACCACUGGUGGCAAGCAGAAAACUUUCUCAUGCCUGGAAUGUGGCAAGGUUUUUAAUGCGCACUAUAAUUUAACGCGUCACAUGCCCGUGCAUACCGGUGCACGUCCAUUCGUUUGCAAAGUUUGCGGUAAAGGUUUCAGGCAGGCCUCUACUUUAUGCCGCCAUAAGAUUAUACAUACCGCCGAAAAACCACAUAAAUGUCAAACAUGUGGCAAGGCAUUCAAUCGCUCCUCCACGUUGAAUACACAUACACGCAUUCACGCCGGUUACAAACCGUUCGUAUGCGAGUAUUGCGGCAAAGGAUUUCACCAGAAGGGCAACUAUAAGAAUCACAAGCUCACGCAUAGUGGGGAAAAGGCAUAUAAGUGCAAUAUAUGCAAUAAGGCGUUUCAUCAAGUCUAUAAUCUCACCUUUCAUAUGCAUACACACAAUGAUAAGAAACCCUACACUUGCAAGGUUUGCGCCAAAGGUUUUUGUCGUAAUUUCGAUCUGAAGAAGCACAUGCGCAAAUUGCACGAGUUAGGUGGCAGCUCCUUCGAUGACGAUAUGCCCACAGGCUCAGAACGUCGACGUGAGUAUACGCGCCGUGAAGCUGCACAUGCCUAUCACCACCAUGCUAGCCAAUUGACGCCGGAUUCAUCGGCUGGCAGCUUAUCCCCACCGAUUAAUGUAACCACGCCACCGCUUUCUAGUGGUGGUGAGGCUAGCAGCUCUGCUUGGCACACUCCUCAACCAUACCAAGUAUUGUCGGCUGCCGCAGCAGCUGCUAAUCACCAAGCGGCUUCCGCAACGCACCACUACGCACAACAUAUACAUGCACAACCAACAAACAAUUUUCGUACCACCGCCUCUGAAUAUUCAGCCAGUUCGGCCUUUAUACACCUAGCAACUGCUGCCAGUACAGCGGCUGGUGUGCCGAACGCUACAAAUAACGGUGCCUCCGCUGCUACGCAAGUAAUCGCAACACAUCAUCAUCAUCAGCGUCUAUCCGCUGCUGCCGCCGUAUCCGCAAUGGAUAAUGUACCAUUCAUAGCCAAAGUAUUUUGACAGCGAUACUAUGCCGAUACGCUGGCUACCACAGCCAAUUCACUGUCUGCCUCCAAGAGCAUACUUAUCGACUGACUGCAGUUUGUCGCCGCCGCUGCAGCGGCAACUGCGAGUACAGAAGCAGUUCUAACAAAUGAAAAUCUGGCACAUUUCUGCGAGGAAACUCCAGCGGAAUUUGUUGAAGCCAAUGUGCUGACAGAUGAUACCGUCACCGAUAACGAAACUCUUGAUGUUACAGUCGCCAAUGAGCAGUGCACUGCCCUGGGCAGCGCCGUGCGUGCGCUUAAUGGAUUCUUUUGAGUAAGAAGCGUUGAUGACAGCCGUUCGCUGUUGCUGUUGCUGUUGCUGUUGUUGUACUAGAAAGGUUUCAACGCUAAAUGGAUAUGUACGGACUCAGUCAAAGUUAACUGCAUUACCGAGAAAUUUCAAAAUAUGGUAGAUAUUUUGGUUGGUUGGUUAAUAUUGACCGAACCGUGCAUGAACGACUAGAAGGAAGGCCGCAAUAUUUACUACCCACUCUCUUCACUUAGCACGUAGUCAAGCAAUAAGUGUGAUUUUUAUGAAGAAUUUACUUAAAACAAAAAUAAAGAAAUAGGACUUUUUUAAGAUACUAAAGAAAAUCAAUUGAUUUAUAAAAAUGUAUAAAAAAAUUAGAGUAACUCAA